AUGGUAAAUUUCACUAUUGAAAUUGACACAGAUUCUGACGAUCAUGUGGUCGAUGGAAGACAAGUGGUAGACAAUGAUAAUUUAAGUACAGGUUUACAGAAUUAUGAACGUCCCAAGGACCUUACCGAAAAAUAUUUACCAAUUUGUAACGUUAAAGUUGAACAAUUAUCGUCGGGUGGUCAAGGACAAAAAACACAUUGGUUAUUAGCCGAAAUCUAUGAAGAGCAUCUUGGAAAAGGUGAAGCAACAUCAAAAAAUAGUUCGUUAGCUGAGAAAAUUCGCAGUCGUGGCAAGUCCGAUGAUGAUUGUGGUCAUAUUAUCGCUUGUUCAUUGGGUGGGAAAAUGGUAGAUUUUAAUUUGUUUCCUCAAAAUAAAAACAUUAAUCGAGGUUUUAAAGGUUGGAAGAAUCACUGGAGACGAGGCAUUGAACACUUAAUUUACAUAUGGUUAAAAAAACGUUUCUGUCACGAACCUCAUGUACAGUUUCAAGUUCGGUUUUUUUAUACCGAUUCCCAUUAUCCGAACAGGCCUGAUCAUGGGAAAUUCUUGAUUCAUUUCAAAGGCGGUGACAGUGAAGCCAAUAUGAAAGUAAAUAAUCUGGAUAAAAAUCAAUGCUCAGCAGAGGUAUAUACCAGAUUGAAAGGUGUUUUACAAAACGUUAUAGAAAAUGAAUUAGAACCUGUUGCGGAACCUAACUAUGAAAGAGUCAUUUCCAAAGCAUUACCGGAGUUUGAUAGUAUCAGCUGUGAACAAUUUCAACAUUUUAUUUUAUUAUUAAUCAAUGAUUUCAAAAAAGACGAGCAACAACCUUCAACAUCAACGUCAUCUCCAUACUGUCCCAUACCUGCUCCGCUUAAAUCCAAGUAA